UAGAAUCAAUUGAAACCGGACACCAAGGAUGAUCUUUGGCUGCCUUUGAAAGAUUCUGUCAUUAUUUUUCAGUUACAUUCUAACUAGUAGAAGUGAUACACAACUUACAGCCUCUCCUUUGUCUAUUGAUUUUCCUGUAACGACAUGUCACGUGAUGGCUCUCCUUCUCCGACGGCAUUAACUCCCCAGACGUCUCUAGAAUCGGUGUCUAGCUACAACACUAGUAAUAACGAAACUGUAAAAUCGCCAUGGUCCCGUCUGCGUCAACGUGUUCACGAGCUGGCUGGCCGUUCUAAAAACGAGAGAUCAGAUCGCCGCCACAGAAAAUAUGGAUCACUCCUUAAACUGGCCAACGAGGAGCGUCGCAACGUCCACCAAACACGACGUUACAAUAGUCAAGUUCGCCUCAAUACUAAUGAUGAUGGCACGACUGCUUUAUGGCAUGUAAUUCAUCUGUUGGAGGAACGAGUGGAAGUGCUCGAAAAUACCUUAGAUGUCAGCCGAGAACAUAUUUCGAAAACUGAAGAAAAGUGCGAGAAUCUCCAACGACAAGUCGAAAAGAUCCUUGAGAAAAGGUUACAAAAACCACCGCUAGAUGCUGAUACAGAUCGAGAUUCGGUUAGAGAUAAAAUGAGUCUCUGUUUUGAGCAGAUACGUAAUAAAGACUAUCGUCUCAAUCACGUGGAACCUGCAACAUUGGAACGGACGUCGAGACGCAGUAGGAAGUGUGCUGGAUGCGGAAAGGGCACAUUUUAAUUAACUGAUCCUACGCGCUCCGCAUUCCUGAUGAACGUCAAUUCUGUAUCCGCUGUCUUUGCUUAAUGAUGUCGAAAAUUGUUGGUUUGUUUUAUAUCUAUUUCUGAAAGCCUGCGGGCAAUUUAAAAUUGAUUCCAAAAAAUACACAUUUUUUUCCCCCUA